GAGGAGCACGAAAGAAAAUGGGAGAAGAUGGAAGAAGACUUGGAUGAAGGUUCCAUGAUUGUCGAGGAUCCUAUUAAACCUGUUCCGGAAUUAGUUGGGGAAUUUGAACAAAAAGCUGUCGAGGAUCGCUUACCAGCGGAUACUAGAAGCUUUUCAACACCUGAGAGAGAUGCUAUUCAUAAAAGAGCUAUCUUUGAAAAAAGAACCUCUAGUUUAGUAGAACAUUUUGAGACAAAAAUUAAGGAAGUCGAGGAGUCCUCGAGUGUUGAAUCUUUAGCCGAACAUAUAAUAGAAACAGCUGAAGAGAAAACAGUUGUUUUAAAUAAACCGACUGUCACUGAUUGUCAGUCUAUUCAAGAGGUUGCUAAAACUGAGGAAACAGUGGAAAAAACUACUGUAACAGAUGUUCAAAGUAUGGAUGAUAGAGCAGACUAUUCUGACGACGAUAUCAGUUUAGAUGAGAUGAUUAGUAGUAAUAAAGCAGUAGAACAUGAAAAAUCAUAUGAUGCCAUCAAAAAAGAGAUGCACAUUACUGGCGAGGAUAUCCUAAAGGUUACUUGCGCCGAAGCGAUAUCUGAAGAAAUAAUUUCGCCUCCAAAAGAGCUACCAGAACCUACAUUUCCCCUUCAAGAGCCUGUUGUGGACGAUAGCUGUCUUACUUAUACAGAGGAAACAAGUGAAGGAAAAAUUAUUUGCACUGAAAUAUCUCAUAAAGAGUUUUCUAGCUCAAAUUUAGAGGACAGAGAUGAUGACGCUAUUCCCUCAUUAGAUAGCUUAGUAACAAGUGACAGUGCCGAAGAAUUUAAAACAACAACAACAACGCACAUUUCUGACGAUGAAGUUAGAAUUGUUAAAGAGUAUAUCCUGGAAAAGGAAGAGGUACAAGAAAUUGCUGACGAUAAUCAUACUACUGACAUAUUAGAUAAGCAUUCAAUAGACACUGAAGAAGCAUUAGAAAAGUCUUCACCCGUACAGGAAAUUACUGUUGAAAAUAUUGCUGAACGUAGGUUAUCACUAGAUUGCGAAAUGUCAAAUGUAAAAACAGAGGAAAUUGAAUGCGUUCAUGAGCAACCAGACUAUGCAACUAGGCCAAUAUCUCCUGAUUCCGAAUUUCCUUCGAAAGAAGUUGCAGAAACUAAAGUUACUGACAAUAUAAACAUUGAUAUACUAAAGGACGCUGAAGAUGUAGAGCCAGAACCAUUAUUAGACGAAAAUUUAAUAGUAAGAGAAGCAUCACCCGAUUCUGAAUUUGUACAAGAAAUUGAAUCUAUUCCUUCCGAAAUUGAAAAUAGGGAGGUAGUAACUGAAAAAGAUUUGUCUACACCAGAAUUAGAAACUGUUGGCCAAACUUACCAAAUUGAAUCAAACGAGGAAUCCAUAAAUCAAUCCGAUUUACUUAGAACCACUAUGGAAAGCAAUAUUUUAUCAUCACCCGAGUUAGCUAGUAUUGAACAAAGUCAUACCACCGUUGAAGACAAGAGUAUUGAUGAUAAGACAGACUCUUUUGAGGAGACUGAAGAGAGCAAUGUUCAAGUUGAAAAUAUAUCGAGCUCUGUACAAGAAUCAGUCUUAGAAUCGACUUCAUUAGAAUCAAAACAAGAAGUUAUUAGCGAUAUUCAAACUUCUAUAGGAUCAAAUAUUGACAAAACAGAAGAAAUUUCAGACUUUAGGGACUCUUCUAUAGGUUAUGCAUCCACUGACGUCUACUUGAAGGAAGAAAUUUCAAACAUGUCCGAAUCUUCUGCUAUAGAAACUCGUCAAGAAAUUUCUGUAGUAGCUGAGAGUGAGGACUCAAAAACAGAAUUUGCUAAUGAACAUUUUGUACAUAGUGAUAGUUAUUUGAAGGAAGAGAUUUCUGAUAUUUUAGAAACUUCACACAAAGAGUCCGUUAUAGAGAAAGAGGAUGUGACUGAAACUAAAGCCACUUCUAUGAUAGGGUCAAUAGAUUAUGAGAUAAAAGGUGAAGAAACAGAGGAACUUUCUGAAUCGGUACACUCGGAACCUUCAGAAGCCUCUGUUGUAAAAUCUACUACUGAAAACGAAAGUUUUGCUGAACUUCAAACUACUUCUGUCAAGCUAACUGAUAUUGAAAUGAGAGCCGAAAAUCUUACUACAGAGCAUAGCUCUUUAGAUGUUAAAGUUACUGAAUCUUUUACCGAAGACAAAGCAAGCGAGAGAUUAGAAAGUUCAUUUUCUGACUACGCCGAGGAGCUUACUACACAGAUUCAAAGUUCUGCUGAAAUGCAGUCAAAUAUUGAAAUGAAAGAACAAGUUACUGAAUUAGAGAGCUUAGACCAUAUACAGUCAACUACUUCUGUACUGACAGAUGAGGUGUCGGACAAAGCAGAUACUUCUAGUUCUGAAUUUGUUCAAGAAGUUACCACAGAGGUUCAAAGAUCAUCUGAAAUUCUAUCAGAUAUUGAAACAAAAGAACAGAUCACAACACUUGAGAGUUCGGAUCAAGUACAAUCAGUCGAUACGUACACAGAAGAAUCCAGUAUUUAUGAAAGUUCUCAAGUUGUGUCUGUAGAACAAAAAGUACAAGAAGUGAGAGAUUCUGAAGUUGCAACCGCAGCUCCAGAAGUAUCAGUAGAAGAACAAAUCGAACAAUCAAACGAUGAGGCAAAUGAUAAAUUAGUUGAACAUGUUGAUGAGGAAACCAUUCCGGAGCUAGAAACUUUUUCUAAGCAUGAUAUAGCUGAUACAGAAAAUAAGGAAGUAAAAAUUUCUAACGUUCAAGAAAGUGUGGAAACUACUGAAGAAUCAGUUCUGGAGGAAGAACUGAUGGAAACUUCACAAUCAGAAGCUAUUAAAACUGUUGUAGAUGAUAGCUUUACUACCGAAGUUAGAAAAGAAGCUGUUGAAUUUGAGAGUGCUGAAGUUGUAAAGUCUGACGAAGUUGAAAUGAGAGCAGAAGCUAGCGCAGAAAUUUUAGAUACUCAGUCUGUUGAUCCUAUUCUAAGUGAACAGCCAGAAACAUCCUAUUCAGAGACACAUACAGAAGUUUCGAAUUUAAUUGAAAAGGAAUCAGAUACAGUUGCAAUGGAAAGUAAAAAUGACGAACCUUUACUGUCUACUUCUCCUCAACUAGAGGAAUGUCAAGUAAAAGAGGAGGUAGAAGUAUUGGAUCAGCCGAUUCUUGAAGCUUCUAUUGUCGAAAAAGAAGAUACUGAAAUGAAAGAAGAAGUAUUUAGCGAGGUAGAGCCCUCAGAUACAGUUUUAACUGAAGCCGAUUUGUUUGAACAACCUAUAGCAAAGCCUGGCACUGGUGUAGUCAGUGAGGUUACCCAGAUUCUUGCUGAUGGUACGAAAAUUCAAAAGAAAAUAUUUAAAACAUCAGCCAAAAAGAUAGUUACUAGAAAAGUUAGACGAGUUGACGAUAAAGGAGAUGUAAUAGAAGAUGUCGUCACGGAGGAAGUUCCAGAACACGAAAUUUUGUCAGAAACAUCAUCUCUUAGAUCAAGCGUUUCUAGUUUAGCAUCAAGUAUUGGAUCCUCUGUAAAGGACUUUGAAUCACCAAUGGCUGGAGCCAGUGGAUUACAAUCACCUCCACCUGAGCCUGGAUCAGUUCAUUUAUAUACAGAUACUUUAGAGGGAGAACCUCAAACUUUUACUGAAACUGAAGAAUUCGAAGAAGUACUACCCAGCGGUCAAACUAUUGUUAGGAAAGUAACUAAAACAAAACAGCAACAAGUAAUUGUCAGACGCGUCCUUUUGCAAGGCGAUGAAGUCCCAGAAUCCGAAGAAGAAGCAAGACAGAUUCUUCAACAAACAAUUCAAUCUGAACCAAUUGUUGUUCAUUCCGAAACACAAGAGACCGAUGACGGUCGAACAGAAACCACAGUUACACAACAAUUAGUAUCAGAUCAGACUUACUUUGAGGGAAAUAAGCUCGAACCAGAGUUACUGAAAACCAAUGAAGAACUUCUACAGCCCUAUGAACAGGAUAGUGGUUCUAAGAUUGUAAUACCAAUUUCUUCCACUGAUCAAACAUUAACGGAAGUUGAAUGUGAUGCAGGAAUUUCUGAUGAUUACCCAGAAAAACUUGAGGAUACUCAACAAGCUAUAGAAACUCUUCAAAGUCCCAUAGAUCAAGGAGAAAUGUAUAGCCAAGAACUAAUUUCAAGCUCUUCAUCAGAGAAGGUUUAUAGUUCUCUAUGCAGCUCCACUAUGACAUCAUCUUCUCUCGAACAAUCAACUUCUUCGGGAGAUAGAAUGAGUCAUUCGACUGAUACGCCCGAUACAAUUAUAGAAACGGCUCAAAGCCCUGAGAUUCCAUCAAAAAGAGAUGAGUCUAUUGGAAAUAUCUAUGAACUUUCUGAAAAGGAAGUAGAGGAAAUAAAGGCGAUUAGCGACACAAUCCAACAGGAAAGUGACAAUGAACAAAAGGCGGAAAUGUCAAGGACAUCAGAAUCUAGGUCUAGCGAUGAUGCUUUCCCUGACUUACCAGCAGAGAGUGACACAGUGGCGGAACAACUUGCUAUUAAGGAGGAUGAAAAAAAUAAAUCUAUUAUUCGAACAGAUACAACUGUACCACAAGGAAUUCCCGAUCCAAUGUCACCAGAACCUAUUUCUCAUGGUUUAAUUGGCCUUGAGGAACAGAUUCAUGGUGAUGUUGAGGAGGAAAUGGCUCGAAUGAUCGUUGAUAAAGCAAUGUCUCAUCAUAGACCAUUAGCUUUAAGCGACUCACUAGAAGCUCAAGUUGGAUCAAAAAUACCGUCAGAGAUAGGGUCUUUGUCUUCAGAAGCAGAAGCUCGGCCACUUUCUCCCAGCAUGUACAGUUUGGAGGAUGACGGCGAAGAUAAUCUACCUAGUCCAACUUCUCACACCUUAAUCCCUAGCUUAGAAACGUCCGUGUCAUCCCAACACCCGGAAUCUGUCUUUUCGUUGGAUCAACAUAAAACAGCUUUCCAAGUGUUCGAUAAAGAAGCUGUCAAACAAGAAGAAAAAGAACAGGAUGAUGUCGAACAGAGGGAAAGAGAAAUCGAAAUUGAGUUAGAUAAAAGAGAAAAGGGAGCUGAUGAAAAUGAUAAGGAACUCCAUGAAGCUUCCAAAUUAGAGAUGGAGGAGCAAUACGAUCAUUUCAAUGUUGAUUAUACAUUCGGAAGGCAACAAGGAACACUGGAGAGGUCGUCAACGAUUGCUGGUCAUGAACCUUAUGAGGAGGACGACGACGAUUUUGUGUCUAGCACUCAUGUUUCAGCAUCAAAAAUGGACCAGCCAAUUGAUGUUACUUACGAAUCCGGUUUAGAUAAGGCUGGCAUGGAGCUUGGUUCUUUCAAGAAACAAGAAAGAACUCUUGAGAGAUCUAGGUCAUGUGACGGUGAGGAAACAUCAAGAAAAUCAAAACCCAAAAUGAAAACUACCGUUGAUGAUGUUGAAAUGAGAGCAAGACACUAUUCAAGUCCAGAUGAUGAGCUAGUAACUUUCCCACCAGCAGCCGGUGCUUUGGUGGAGAAAACAUGCGGUGCAACUGAUUCACCACCCGAACCUAUAAUUGAUUCUCAUAUGAAAGAUAUAUCGCCUGUGUACGAGGACAAAGCUGGUCCACCAACGAACAUUCAACUUGGUUCUUCUCCAUCCGAUUUCAUAGCUGAGGAAGACGAGGAGGAUGAGGAAAUGCAAGAAAGAGAAACUCAAGUACAGUCUCAUCAGCAAACGUUCCAAAGUACUACUUGCGAAUCUGAUGAGGAAGUUGUUGUUGAUCCACAUGAACAAGAUCUAGCUGAAUUACAAGAAGCCGUUAAACCAACACAUAGCCUUGAAGGUAUUUCUGGACAAGUAAUUAUUAUCGAUGAAGAUGAAUACGACAAUGACAGCAUGAGAACAACACCAACUGCUUUGGGAUUAGAAGGUGCAACAAUCAGCUCCAGAGAAUCAGAUGAAUUUGAAUCAGCACUUACUUCUAGUUCUUCAGUUGAUACCUUUGGUGGAGCCUCAAGCACAACCGCUGCUUCUUAUGUCACAGCAAGAUCCGAAUUUUCCUCUGAAACUCGGUCAAUCGAUACCAUUACUUCUACUGCUACAUCCCAGUACGAGACGGCUCCUGAGUCAUUCACCCAUUCUUUUGAUUCAGAUAGAGGAACACCAACUCUUUGUGAAGAUGAUAGUGAAGAUCGUAGAUACAAGCAAUCUGAUGCUUUACAAGACGUUUUAGAUGUUGAUAAGGAAAGUGACAAAACAGAGUCCGCUUCUAUCGAUAGUGAAGAUAUGGAACAAAACUAUGAUGAAGCAAUGAAAGAAGAAUUGGCAGCUGAAAUGCAAACAGAUCUCGCGCCUGCGCAGGCUCAAAUCACUGAAAGACUAGAAGCAAGAUCAGUCAAAGUUUCGGAGGCGAUGUCUUUAUCAAGCGAGGAUCAAGUUAAAACUUCUUCUUCAUCUGAAGCCUCAAACGAGCCAACACUUUUGGCCGCAACCUACGAUUUAGAUAGCUGCUCUAUCUCAAGAGUUGUUGCUACUUAUGAUGUAAGCCCUGACUCUGUGGAGAAGUCUUUACCAACUUCAUAUGAUGCUAAAACAAAAACCAUAUUGUCAAGUCCAGAUGAUGAUGUAUUUGAGGGUCAAACGAAUACACUUACUCAAGACAAUGUUAAUGAUGAGAGACAACCAUCAACAACUGAAAGCUUAAUCGACUUUUCUGAAGAUACGGAUCCACUAACUCCAACAGCCACUGGAGAUCAAGACUCCAGUCUUGCACUAGAUCCCGAACCGAUUAGUCCACAAGAAGUACCUCCUGCCUUGGAGCCUUUCCAAGAUGAAAACUCCAAGCCAGAAGCUGAUCAACAAAUAUUUGAAGAUUCAAAUGGUCCAACAGAAGUUGAAUAUCAGCCAGAGUAUGAUCAAUUUCAACAGCACUAUGCUGUUGCUCAAGAUCCAUUUGAGCCUUUAGGUACACAGCACAUGGCUGCUAGUAAUUUAUCAGAUUCUUCUGAUGAUGAAAAGGUACCUGAUAGUCAAAGCGGUGUAAUGAAUGAGGAUUUACAAGAAAUGUUUGGAAGUGUUCAGCGACGAAAAACACUUGAAGAGGAAAUCAUCGCUGGUCAACUCUCUGGUCUUCAAGAAGUACCAGAUGACUUUGGUAAAACAACAGAGCGAGUACAAUACUUAAAAGAUACCGAUUUAGAAACUGCAUCUCAAAAGACUGAUGCAGAACUGGAGAGGAUAAUUUCAAUAUCAGACACUGAUGAAGCCAUUGAAGAGCUCGAGAGGCCUCUUUCCCCCCUUCCCCAACUCUCAGAGCAUCUAUCAAGUGAGGAUGAAAUGACAGAGGACCCUGAAAUAAUUGAGGGCGUAAAGAAAGUAGAAGAACGAGUAAUUAAUGUUAUGACAAAAGAAGAAGAAGAAAUGGAAAAAGCUGCUGCUAUUGGUGAAAGAAUUUUGAUUGAAGAAGCAGCUCCUCCUGCUGAGAGUAGCGAUGAAGAAAUGUUAUUCUCAGAUAUUGAAGUACAAGAAAAACCUAAAGAUUCUACGCAUGUUCCAUCAAUUAGAGUUACAAGACACGUAUAUGAAGAAACUGAUGAGGGAGACUAUCCUCUUCAUUUUGCAAAAGCAGCUGAAGAAAGUAGUGAGCCGUUUUCGAUUGAAGAAGUAGAAAUAGUGGAAGAUGACCACCAUGAAUCAGAUGAAGAAGUUCAAAUUGUUCCCCAAGCAGAAGAAUUGAUGGAAACAGAUGAAGAAGACGAUGAACAAGCAAUGGAAGUCGAAAGAGAUGCGGAGCCUUUUUUAGGGCAUCGGUAUGAGCUUCAGGAAGAUCCGCCCCCUAAGCCGCCUGAAGCUCAAGCUAAGUCAUCUAGCGAAGACGAUUCACCUCAAGAGACCGAUCCUUUUUUAGUAGAAGGCCGGGGGCGGGACCAGAGCAGAAAUCUUGGUUCUUCUCAUCUAAGCGAUAGUGACGAAAUGUUACAGGAUAUUGAAUUAUCCGAAUGUAAUGUCACGCCUCCGGCGUCUACUAGAUUCCUUGAAACUAUUAUGGAAAAUUCUGAAAACGAAAGUGACCGAAGCCAGACCCCAGAUUCCAAAUCACCUCUUUCAUCGAAACCAACCUCAACAGAAGUUUUAACAACUAUAUGUGAGAUUGCAAGUCCAGAUUAUGAUGUUCAAAUUGAAACAUCAAGCGUAGAUAGUUUUGCAACUGUACUUGCAGCUCAUUAUGAUGAAGAAGAUCGAUUAGCUGAAAUUGCUUCUAUGACCUCAAGUUAUACAUCAGAUAUUUACACGCAGGAAGCUCCACCUAAGGAAAGCUCCAUCGUACCUACAAUCGAACCGUCCGAAAGUUCAAGUUCCAAAACGACAAGUUCAGAACGCAUAGAGACUGGAACAAGCAGUUCUGGUUCUAUUGAAAUUUCAAGUUCGCGCCCUAGUACAGAUGAUGUUUCGAUAUCGUCGUCUUUGGCAGAAUUUGAAAGAUUAGAAAAGGAGAUAUCCGAUAAGGGCAGUAUUGACUCAGCCCCGUCGGAUAGUCCUCAUCUUUAUGGUUCUAUUUCUUCGUCAUUGGCCGAAUUUGAACGUCUUGAAAGUGAUUUAAAACAAUCUGAUUCAAUAGACUUGGAUCGGGUUGCACUCACACCUGAGGAAACUGUUCCAAAAAGCGCAACUGGGAGUUCGUUUUCUUCUCUUGUUGAAUUUGAAAGACUUGAGAAAGAGGUUGAAGCAACAUCCAGCUCAAACGAAUUAUUGUGCGAAAAACAAAGUACUGCGUCUUCAUCAUCUUCUUUAGCUGAAUUUGAAAGACUCGAAAAACAGAUGACUCUUGAUUAUGAAUUACAAACAGAGGCUAGAAAAGUAGUUAGCCUCUUGGAGAAAGGCACAUUGACUUCUCAUGAGUCAAGCCCAGCUUUAUCAAUUACUAAAGAAUCGGAAUCAGGCUCAAUAUCUGAGGAAGAGAAAUCAAAGUCUCACCAAUCAUUACAAAUCUUAUCUUCAACGACAGAAAUAAGCGAAGUAUCUGAAGCUGUCUUACUCACCCGACAUGUACAAGAAAUGAUGAGAGUUUCAGAAGUAGUUACAACUUCUGUCGACACGGACGUUGUAGUUGGUCCAACUCAAACUACCACGGCAGAGUUAGAUUCCAGCUCGGAAGUAUCAGAUUCACUACAAGAUUCAGUGAUGCAUUUUUCAAUCGAUUCAGCUCAAGAUGCGUCCUCAAUGCACAGUUCAGCUGGAAUAGAACAGUUAGCGAAAUCGACAGAAUCUGAUUCAGUUUUGAAAGUUUCAAUAGAAAAAGAGCAACCAAAAUCGGAUAUGAUCCUGUCUACAGACUCAAUAGACGAGCCUGUACAAUCUAAGAGCAUGGAAACGAGCAUGAAAGAUUCAUUAAAUGAAAAAAUGACUGAAUCAGAUAUAAUGAAAGACUCAUUGAAUGAUGAUAAAAAACCCAAAGUAGAUGUGAUGAAAGAUAGCUUAACCGAAGAUCCUGUAAAGCUGGAAGAUUCUUUGAAUGAAAAUAUGAUGGUAGACUCACUAGGUUCUAAAGAAGUGGAAUUUAAAGAAGAUACUACAACACAAUUGGAAGAGUCUGUAGACAGUUUAGAAGGAGAAACUAAGGUGGAGGGUGCCGCUGCGGCAAAUCUUCCCACUGUCGUAGAAGUCUACCAAAACACCGGCCAAAUACCUUCAAGCAUAAUUAAUUCUCCAGAGAGGAUAACUAGACUGACAACCACUAAUCCAGACGAUUCGUUUUUGAAUCCUUCAGGAUCAGUUAUGGAUGAAUCUGCGGAUUCCAUCGAAUUAAGCCCAAGCACAUAUGCUUUACAGACAUCAGCUGAUUCAUUAGGUGACGUAAGCCCUCUCGAACUACCCGGAGCUGAUUCUGAUGAUGAUAGAGCGAUGAUCGACUCAACAGAUUCUUUGGAUGCAGAGCAUCGGGUUCCCCAAAUAGAGGAAGAUGAUGAUAACCCACUCGUCUGCAAAGAUGAAUAUGUCCUCCAGUACGAAGAACAAACUGCAAUGAUGCAGUCAUCCGACAGUUUAGAAGAUCAAAAAGUACCACGAUCCCCACCCGAACGAACUUCUGAAGAUGAAGCAGGCCCUCCAACAAAAAAAUUAGCUCUUGGUGAAUCAGUUGAGAGCGGCGCAUGGAGUCAAGAAAGUUCUGUUACACUCCAACAAUCAUCUGGCGCGGAAAGCUUUCUCACCGAUGUAUCUAUGACAGCAUCAAGCGAUGGAGAAAUGGUUAGAAAGGACCAUGAAGGAAAUUAUGAUAUAGCAUCAAGUACAACAACAGUUACCCAACGCCGAAUAACAAGCGCUACCCAAUUUUCAGACACAAGUAGUAGCGGUUCUAGUCAUAGCUCCCGAAGUUUAACAAUGUACGAACCAGGCGUUGGAAAAGUAACCCUUACUUUCAAUGAAUCUAGUCAAUACGCGAGAACGACGGCUUCGAAUAUUCAACAAAUUUCAGGCCGUGUUUCUCCACAACCCACUAGUAGUCCUACGUCGGGCGCGUCUGAUACACAUUCGUCGCAUUCCGACACUUGCUAUUGCGGACCAUCGGCUGGUCAAGAAUGGGAAGCCGCUAGAAUAGCUCAGGCGUUUCCUUUGGAAUCUGCUGAAACUACGGACGACACUUAUGCUGAAGGAGCAACUGAAUCAGCAAGCCUCCUUCUAAGAAAACAAGUAAGCAGAAGAACAGUUAUAAAAGACGGUAAGGAGGAAACUGUAGUAACAGAAGACACUCACAUCGAACAGGAACGAGAACCACCAGAAGAACUUCAACAACCUGUCAAAGAAAUCAUAUCGGAAUUUAUGGAAACGCAUCACGAUAUUUGA